AUGGAUAUCCGAAGGAAACUCGUAAUUGUCGGAGACGGAGCUUGCGGUAAGACCUGUCUACUCAUCGUCUUCUCGAGGGGUACCUUCCCUGAGGUCUACGUCCCUACCGUCUUCGAGAACUACGUCGCAGACGUCGAGGUGGACGGCAAGCACGUCGAGCUCGCCCUUUGGGAUACCGCUGGUCAAGAAGACUACGACCGCCUGCGUCCCCUUUCGUACCCCGACUCGCAUGUCAUCCUCAUCUGCUUUGCCGUCGACUCACCCGACUCUCUUGACAACGUCCAGGAGAAGUGGAUCAGCGAGGUGCUGCACUUCUGCCAAAAUCUGCCGAUCAUCCUCGUCGGUUGCAAGAAAGAUCUUCGUCGUGAUCCCAAGAUCAUUGAGGAGCUGCGAAAGACGAGCCAGAGGCCAGUCAGCCCUGAGGAGGGCAUGGCCGUCGCACAGAAGAUCGGAGCCGCUCGCUAUCUCGAGUGCUCUGCCAAGACAGGCGAGGGUGUCCGCGAGGUCUUCGAGCACGCUACUCGUGCUGCGUUGCUCAGCAAGAGCUCUAAGAAGAGGAGUGGUGGGAAGUGCCUUGUCCUCUGA